CGCAGACUAAAAACAAUAGAAUGUGUAAAUGUUUAAACAACUUGAAUGCAUCUGCUUUAUUAUUUUCAAACGUGUGAAUACUAUUUACGUACCUGAAUCAUCCGGUGCGUCUUGCAUGUCCGUGUCCCCCUCCGUCACUACUCAGGGGGGAUUCCCCUAUAAUACCGGCAAGGGGGUUGAACUCCGGUGUCCUUUCCUCCGCCGUGGCAGAACACUUCUAGGUAAUGCAUGUUCAGCAGUAGUAUCUGUAAACGAGAGGAAGAACCAGCACUGGAGUUGUCAGUGCCUUGUUCUCGGCAGAGUUCUCCCACACGCUCACGAACUGAGAGAUGAACCUCUCUGUGGCUAUUGUCGUUCUUACUGCGGUCGUCUGCACUUCGGCAGAAAUUCCUCAUGAGACCGUCUAUGUGCAGGGCUGUCUUGAGAAUACAAAGGUGGAGGCGGAGGCAGAGCUUCAGGUGGAUGGGGAGGAAGUGGUAUAUGCUGACUUCCAGAGUGGACGGGAAGUUUGGACAUUGCCUGAGUUCCUGGGGCCAUUCCCAAGCUCCACUGUUCGUAACUUCUACAAGAAUGCCGUUAAAGGCAGACGAUUGUGUCAGGAUGCCUUGGCUCUUUGGAUAUUAGAAGAAAAGUGUCCACCUGAGGUAAAAGAUGCCCCUGAGAGCACCAUCUACCCCAGGGCUGAGGAGGUGCUGGGGGUGGAGAACACCCUUAUCUGCUUUGCCAAUCAUUUCUACCCCCCGCCUGUCAAAGUCAACUGGACCAAGAAUGGCCUGGAGGUGACUGAGGGAGCGUCUCUCAGUCGGUACUAUCCUAAUAAAGAUGGAACGUUCCACCAGUUCUCCAGCCUGAGUUUCACUCCACAGGAGGGGGAUGUCUAUGCCUGCACUGUGGAGCACACAGCCUUGGAGGACCCCAAAACCAGGUUCUGGGAGUAUAAGAUACAUGAGGUGAGUGGGUCCAGUGCUGGUCCUGCUGUAUUCUGUGGAGUGGGCCUGACUCUGGGACUGUUGGGAGUGGCUACCGGAACAUUCCUGUACGUCAAAGGACAACAGUUUAACUGAAUUGUGACAUAUAUGAAAUCUAAAAAAUCCUCUUUUGCAGUUGUAGGUAAACAAUGUGACAGAAUUAGUGGCGUACCGCAGUUGCAUAUUUUUUGUUGAGGGGGGAAACAGCUAAUGUCGUACAAUUUUACACAUUUUGCCAUCGGGCAAAGAAAAAUAGGCAGUUUUAUAACUAAUCUCAUGCUAUAUUGCCAUGAGGCUGAGAGAGAAUGUUGCUGUUUUAAAGCUAAUUUCCUGCAAUUCUACACACAUUGCCAUGGGACAGAGAGAAAUGUGCAUUUUUUAAGCACAUUUCCUGCUAUUCUACACAUUUUGCUCUGAGGCUGAGAGAAAAGGUUGAAGUUUAGCAGCUAAUUUCCUGUCAUUUUAUUUUUUUUUGCCAUGGCUUAUGACAUGUUCAUAUGUUAUCUGGGGAGGGGGGGCUGACCUUCAGGGCGUACCCACCUUUUCUUUUGGAGAGGAGGAGGGGGUGGCUGACCUCCAGGGCGUACCCACCUUUUCUUUUGGAGAGAGAGGGGG